UCUCAGCAAUGUAAGGAGUGCUAUGGAAGAUGGAGUGAAUGUAAUUGGCUACACUGCAUGGAGUCUUAUGGAUAACUUCGAAUGGUUACAGGGUUACACGCAAAGAUUCGGGCUCUUCUAUGUAGAUUUUGACAACAUUAAUAGGACUCGGACGCCCAAAACUUCUGUGUCUUACUAUAAAAAAGUUGUCGAGACCCAUUGCUUAGUAGACACUUGUGAGGAAUAAACAAAUAAAUGUUUAGAUAUGUUAUUUUGUAGUUACUUUCAAAUAAAACUAAAAAAACAAAA